AUGUAUGUACACGAUCCUCAGCUUUAGAUAAUUGGUAUACAUAUAUUUAAAUAUUUAACCAUAUGUCUCCAAUUCGCCUUUAGGGUUUUCCCACUUUGUAAUAUUUUCUCUUCACCUUCACAUAAACGCACACGCACACAGUUUGCAUUUGAGACAUUAAUUAGGAAUGAAUAUUCAUUUGAAAUAUCAGCUCGGUGAUCGAAGAUCUACAUAAACUAGCUGCUGUUUUCACAAAAAAGAAUAGGUUUUUCAAGAUCAGAAGAGAGAGAGAUCCAACUAAGGAGGUGUAUACCAGCCAGCCGGCAGAGUUAUGGCGGCUUCUUCUCCUAGCAGCAGCUACUCAAACCCUCCGUGUGCCGGCUGCAAAUUCCUGCGGCGGAGAUGCCUCUCCGGGUGCAUCUUCGCGCCAUAUUUCCCGCCAGAGGAGCCUACGAAGUUCGUGAACGUGCACAAAAUCUUCGGCGCCAGCAACGUGAGCAAGCUGCUGAACGAGAUCCCGGCUCACCAGCGCGAGGACGCGGUCAACUCGCUGACUUACGAAGCCGAGGCUCGGCUGAAAGACCCCGUGUACGGCUGCGUGGGCGCCAUCACCAUUCUCCAGCGCCAGGUUUUCACCCUUCAGAGAGAGCUCGACGCCACCAAUGCUGACAUCAUGCGCUUCGCUAGCGGAGCCGGAGCCCCUGCGGAUGAUCUGAGAGGAAGCGGGUCGGGUUAUCCUGACCCGAAUAGUACGGAUUAUUGGACUGGGAAAGGUCAAGAAUGAUGGAGGCAACUAGUAUACUAUCACUAUGUGUGUAUAUGAAAAUGCAUAUAUGCAUGUAAAGAAUUGACUAUGCUUUGGUAAUUACUAAAGUGUGUUGUGUAUAUGAUGAAAUGAUACAUCAACUAUAUGUAUGCAAAAAAUUGACUAUGCUUUGGUAAUUACUAAAGUGUGUAUAUGGUGUAUUAUGUGUUUCAGUUUUAA